AUGGCUGCCGAACCGCCAUCUUUGGAAGAGCUUCUCGAGAAGAAAAAGAAAGAAGAAGAGGAAUUGGCCAAGGUUUGUGGUAAAUGUCUGACUCCUCAUUAUAACUGAAAAUAUUUACAGCCAAAGUUCCUCUCGAAAGCUGAACGCGCAGCUCUGGCUUUGAAGCGUCGAGAGGAAGAAGUCGCAAAGAUUCGUGAAGCUCAGAAGCAAGCGGAAGAUGCCCGGAAGAACUGGGGACGGAAUGAGAAGCCCGCGGUCGCUGUGGAGGAGAAGAAGGAUCGAGAUCAUGGAAGAGACCGUGCAAACGAAAGGGACAGGGAUCGAAGACGCGACCGUCGGGACCGGAGUCGUUCUCGUGAUAGGAGAAGGAGCAGAAGCCGAGAUCGGGAGAACAGAAGAAGAGAUCGCAGCAGAAGCAGAGAUCGCAGCAGAGAUCGUAGAGAUCGAGAUCGGGACAGAAAAGACGAUCGAAAAGACGAUCGGAAAAAAGAUCGAAACGAGGAGAGUGAGCCUGAAGAGGCCGAAGGAAAGAUGGCUGAUGCUGUGAAGGAUAGAUAUCUGGGAAAGCAGAAGGAGAAGAAGAAGCGAGGAAGAAGGCUUCACGAGAGAAAGUUCGUGUUCGACUGGGAUGCCGGAGAGGAUACUUCCCAGGAUUACAACAAGCUCUACCAGAGUCGUCACGAAAUCCAGUUCUUCGGAAGAGGAUCAGUGGCUGGAAUGGAUGUGAAUGCGCAGAAAAAAGAAAAGAAUUCGUUCUACCAGCAAAUGGUGGAGCAUAGAAGAACUGAAGAUGAGAAGGAGCAGGAGAAGAACAGACUGGAGAAGGAACAGAAGAAGGAGAAGAAGGUAGCGCAUGACGAUCGGCACUGGAGAAUGAAGGAAUUGUCGGAGAUGACGGACAGGGACUGGCGUAUCUUCCGCGAGGAUUUCAACAUUGCCAUCAAAGGAGGCAGAGUGCCACGUCCGCUGCGUAACUGGGAAGAAGCCGGAUUCCAGCAGGAAGUGUAUCAAGCAGUACGGGAGAUUGGAUAUCUCGAGCCGACUCCCAUCCAAAGACAAGCCAUUCCGAUCGGACUGCAGAAUCGCGACGUCAUCGGCGUUGCGGAGACUGGAUCUGGAAAGACGGCCGCAUUCCUGCUUCCUCUUCUCGUUUGGAUCACUUCGUUGCCAAAGAUGGAACGUCAAGAGCACCGCGACAUGGGACCGUACGCUAUUAUCAUGGCGCCGACCAGAGAGUUAGCUCAGCAGAUCGAAGAGGAGACCAACAAGUUCGGAAAGCUUCUCGGAAUUCGCACCGUUUCGGUCAUCGGAGGAGCGAGUCGCGAAGAGCAGGGAAUGAAGUUAAGAAUGGGAGUGGAGGUGGUCAUUGCCACACCUGGACGUCUUCUUGAUGUCCUCGAAAAUCGCUAUCUCCUUCUGAACCAGUGCACCUACGUCAUUCUCGACGAAGCCGAUCGUAUGCUUGACAUGGGUUUCGAGCCAGACGUCCAGAAAGUUCUCGAAUACAUGCCGGCCACAAAUCUGAAGCCGGACACUGAAGAGUUCGACAACGAGGAAGCGUUGAUGAAGGGAUUUUCGACGAGAGAAAAAUAUAGACAAACUGUGAUGUUCACUGCGACGAUGUCAUCUGCGAUCGAAAGACUCGCCCGCCAAUACUUGAGAAGACCUGCGGUCGUGCACAUUGGAUCGGCUGGAAAGCCAACAGAAAGAGUUGAACAGGUAGGUUAUUUUGAAAGAAGUCCAUUUUUCAGUUCAUGUCUACAGAUUGUCUAUAUGAUUCCGGAAGAACGCAAGAAAAAGAAGUUGGUGGAAGUGUUAGAGUCGGAGUUCCAUCCCCCAAUCAUCAUUUUUGUGAACCAAAAGAAGGGAGCGGAUGCGCUGGCGAAGGGUCUCGUCAAACUAGGCUUCCAUCCGACAGUUCUUCACGGAGGAAAAGGGCAAGAAGCGAGAGAGUACGCCCUGCAGGCACUCAAAGACGGAUCCAGCGACAUUCUCGUCGCCACCGACGUUGCCGGAAGAGGUUCGUUCCAUUUGUUGUCCCAAACAAUCUGCUAGAGUGGAGUGGGACAACUCGUCGAGGAUUAGGAGUCACUCGCUUUGCCAACUAAUUUCUAUUUUUCGUUUUCAGGUAUUGACGUCAAGGAUGUGUCGCUUGUUCUCAACUAUGAUAUGGCUAAGUCGAUCGAGGAUUACACCCACAGAAUCGGAAGAACUGGUGAGUGAUUGUUCCAUUCAUUCCCGCAUGCAAUAAGUCUUCCAUCUACUGAAUAUUUUGUCGUCUUGACGACGAUUCUGCUAGUGUGCAGGUGCUCCUUCAGCCCUGACUCAUCUAGUUCGCAGCUGCCCUUUCGUAUCAGGCAUUGUCUUUUCUUUCGGCUUCUUCCGCUCCCUAUCCCUUUCUUUCCACAUUGCACUCAAGCGGAAAGUGCUCAGUGCGCUUGUCAGUUUCGACGUAAUCUUCCGGCUGAAAAACACGCGGAGCAUAACUCGUAAUAGGCCGGGCACAGGCUCUUUCUCUUCUCUCGAUUGCACCUCUCCAGGCUUCGGCGCUCUUUUUUGUCAAUUUGUGUGCAUGUAUGUGUGUGUGUGUGUGUGUAUAGACGCGCAUUUUGUUGCCAUUCCGGCAGCCGCUCCUUCUCCUCCUCCUCCUCCUUCCUCGCUGAGCUCUUUCCAUUUCUCGAGCACAUACACACAUAUUCAGUGCUCUUUUUCUUUUUCUCUUCAUACACACAUACAUAGCAUACAAAAAGAGAUCCGUGUACACCAGUGUAUCCCACCACUUUGCCGAGUUUAAAAAGAGCCCAUGUGUGACAAAAAGUGGAACUGAAAUGGAGCUUCAGUUAGGAAAAAAAGAAGAAAAGGAAGAGGACGAGGGGGAGCCACAAGGGAUUCGUCCAGCUGAUUUCGUCUGCAAUGGAAGAAAAUGGACGCGGGAAAAGCUGAAAAAAAACGAAGCGCUUUUAGAGAUAAACUCACUUAUUUUUGGUAAAAUGGACCUAUUUCCUUAUGGAUGAAAAACUUUUCGGAAUCCUUUUAAAUCAGAUUGGAAUACACUUUCUAUUUCGUCUGCCGCAGUGAAGUUCCUCAUAAGGAAUAUCGAUAACAAAUCAAUACACAACCAGAAUCACGCGACUUGGCACUUAGUUCCUUCACAACCGAAACGACUUGACGACGAAUGAAAAAUGACAAUUAGUGCUUUCACUUCCGAAUUCGUCAUUCUAUGGGAGUAGCGUGGUCGCUUCUCUUUUUCCGCGGCUGUCAUUCGGGCACAUUUGUCAAUCGAAACGGGAGCUGGAACGAUUGAGAAUAAUGGAGAAGAGAGGCGAUGGCUCGUGUUUCUCCGCGAUGGGGACUCCCGCUCUCAACUGUAGGGAGCGGCAGCACGUGGUCCCAGUCCCCUCCCUCUCCGCUUCAAGCAUGUUGCAUCUCUUCUCAGCGGCAGCCAGCCCAUCAGAGCGGGCACAUUUUCAACUUUGAGCCUCUCUCGUCUUCCUCUUUUUUUUUUUGCUCCGACCUCUUUCCUCCGCCGCCGCCGUCUUCCUGCUACUCUUUUGCGUUUUCUCUUUUUCUGCUUCUGCUGACAUUCCUUCGUCUUUUCUCUUUGAAACUCGAUUUUUCUCACGAACUCUAUGUGUCUGAGUCGAUGCUUCUUCUACAUUUAUUUUUCUUUCUCUUUUCCUCUCCUAUUUUCUGUCAGCUUCUCUCUGGAAGCGUGCUCGCGUGGGCUCCCUUCUCUCGUCACCUCAGUCUCUGUCGUCGCCACCGCCACCAUCGUCGUCGUCGCCAUCGUCGUGUUGCUCGAAAUGCACAUGGAGCACAAAAAAGCUCACUUCCCCUCUGUGUCGGCGAAGAAACUCGAGUCGACACGUGCGGCACUGGGAAAGGCGAAUGAGAGCGUGUGAGGAGCGAGAGAAGGUGAACUCCUCCUGCUCUCGUUCCGCCUUCGUCCUCUCUUCAUUCCUUUUUUCUUUCUUGCUUUCUUUCUUUCUUUCUUUCUCCUCAUGCCACGCUUCCUUCCUGGGAACGCUGCCUUCAUCAUCAUCAUCAUAUAAAAAUCGUAUCAUAAAAAUUAGAGUAGUCUAGUGUAGGAUGGAUAGUCCUGACGGAGGCGUCACUCACAUGCGGUGUCCGUCUCGAGCACCUGCUAUACGAAACAUUAGAGCAACAAAGAAACUAUGUGAAACAUGGGGCUCGGUGCGUUUCUAUGGAAAAUUUUCAUUUCAAACCGCUGCACUCUCUUCAUGUCUCGUCCUUCCCGUACUUUAGCGGUCCGGCAACACCAACUCUGAAUUACUGUUGUGUUUAGUUGGUGGCUCUUUGUUAAUCGGUUAUGACUCCAUUUAAUUGUGUCCAUUAUUAUGCUGGGCAGGAUGUCCCAGAGUAAAUAUUCGCACUCACGUCCUCUUUUUCAAAUAUUUUGCGUUGAAGUGGGGUCUUUUUGGGAUGCUCUAAACGUUUUUUCCACUAAAAAGUAUCUUCUGACAAUCAGAAUAACAGAAAGAGACUGAACAUUUUUGUAAUCCACCUUCAAUUCCUCUCAUUACUCGUCCGUCCGCUGAUGCGUACUGUCGGCUGGUAAUCCCUUGUCCAAUAGGUGCGUGGAUAUUAGAUGUAGACGGUGUGCAAACACCCGUUUCUCUUUGCGUGCUCCUCUUUUGGGCCCUCUUUCGUCCGUCCGGCGAGUCCUCUCUGUUUCCGUUUUGUUUCGUUCGUCGUCGUCGUCUUCUUCUUCUUCUUCUUCAUUUACUCGUGGGAGGGCAUAAUAUCUGUGGCCGAAAUAUGGCAGAGACGGCCUAUAAUUAUUUGGGUAGUGGCGGUGAAGCGAAGAAACUGGAGGGAGAGGCGGGAGACGGAACCCAUAUGCCUGAUAAUAAUAGACCAAAAUGCGUCUCCCCUCCUCAGCUUCUCAUUUGCCAUCACCAUCAUCAUCAUCAUCAUCUAAUUGCAUUCGCAUGUCAAUUUUCAACACUCACACCGGCAACAGAACCCCCUCCCCGUCUUUUUUUCGAUUUCCUUUUCGGUUUCCAUUCAGUAUCUUUUUGAUUUUCACUCCUUCAAUGACAUUGAUCGUUUCUCAUGCUAUUGGACCUCAGCCUCGUGGAGAACCUGAGUGUUCGCUGCUUGAUUUCUACUGAACUUUCUAUGAUACGCCACGAUGUUCACCUGGAACCAGAUCACUGUUCACUUUGAAGACUUAAUUCUAGUCUGAGGUAGAAUGCAAGGUUUCUGCUUUCUAGAGCAUUUCUUAAAAAUGCUUCUGGAAGCAUUUUUAGUUAUGUCUGUCUAGCCGCACUCUUCUCUCGCUCGCUCCUUCUUUUUCUUUUGGUUCUGUUUUCAACCCGGGCGCACCCAUUCCGAAAUGAGUCACGUGUUGUUCUCCGUUUGCGUCUAUUCUAGCCGAGCGUCUUCUUCGUUCCCAUUCUUCUCAUUUUCAGUUUAGUCUAGUUAUGAGGUGCUGUCACCCACAAAAACCCAGACAACCUUUUUUCUACUUUGGACAAGGCGGCAGGCAGGCGUUGAUUGUUUUGCUUUGAGUUUUGUGAGUGUGUACGGCGCUGCUGAGUCUCAAAAAUGCAAUGUCCUUCGUGUUUACGCUUUGGAACGGAGUGGAAGGCGACUGACGGCGCCAGAGAAAAGUGCAGAGACGGCACUCGGACCCUAGAAACGAAAAAUUGAUGUAUAGGCGAGUCGAGAAAAAGCAGUCAGCUCAAAGUGUAGUCGGAAGGCAGUAAACACUACAGUAAUCCUUCUCCCGGCGGGGGGGGGGGGGACUUUUAGAUCUUCUCGAGAAGAAAGGUUAGAAUUACACCCCGACGGCCACGCUGAAGGGUAGGUUUUCAUUCAGUAAUACGGUGGCGAGAGUUUGUUCUCACAAACAGACACACACGGGAAUCGUCCUGUAUUUGAACAGCAUUUGUCGCGUGCGCCACGCGGGCCUUCCCGUCCUUCGCUAUUCGGGCUCUCGGCGACCGAAUAGGUCGAGUUGUUACUCCCGACGACAAUGACCGACGGACGGACGGGCGGAUAGAGGAAGAGGAGGAAAGAGUGCACAAAUAGUCUCUUGCGGUUAUGCUUUGCUGCUGCUGCCUCAGCUGGCUGCUGCGCCCAGUUUUCGAGACAGAAGAUGGGAAGAUCGGAGAGGCAACCUUCGAAGAGCAGAAGGAAUGAGCGACCUGUUCCGCUGCUCUUUGCAACAUGACAUGUUGACAAAAAGUGCCCCUUCUCCCGUCGGAGCAAGACCAACCAACUGGUUCCGAAACAGCUGGCUCCUCUCUUCUCUUCUGUCGGGGACCAAUUCUUUUCUCUUCUUUCCAGAAUGUAAAGUACGUCCUUUUGUGUCAAUUCGAAUUGCAAAUGAUGAUGAUAAUGAUGGAUGUGACAAGUGAGAGCAGUCAAGGCUUUGUGUUUCAUCUCAAAUCAGUCCAUCGGUAGUCUGUAUUCCGUUCAUCCCCAUUCCUUUUCAUUUCCGAACGGUUUUCUCUUUAGUCGAGUGUGUGCCACCACAUGUAUUUUUUCUGCUCUCCGUUUCUUUCUGAGACGACACAAAAUCUUCGUCCCGGUACCCUCACUCUUUUCCCCGUGUCUGUUUGAAUAGUGUUCUUUUGUGAGUCUUUCUCUGUGUGUGUUUCAAAUAUUGGCCAUAGUCGUCUCGUCGUCGCUCUCGUCUUUCUCCUGGCUGCCGUUUCUCACCGCGCAUUCCGCCGCUCCUUCCGAUGGCAGCAGUCCCUUUCCUUCGGCGGCCCCAUUGUUCCAUUUCCUCCCUACUUUUCGCCCUUUCGUUUUUUUUCUCAGUCGCUUCUCCCCUAUCUCUCCCCCGUCCUCUGGGUACUAUUUAGUUUGCCAAUGUAUCGAGUGCCAGUUAACAAUGGGAAGGUCGAGUGAGAAUUAGAAUCUGAAUGACGACCACAAUGAUAACUAGGAUGUCUCUUUUCCACUUGCUGGUCCCUUCUCAAGGUAACCCGAUACGUGUCUGCUGCACUGGACCCGUCCCUUCUUCCUCUUCGUUUUCACUCUCAAACAUGAAUUUGUACGGCUGGCCGUGAACCGAUCCGAAUCUUUUCGAGAUUUCCAUCGCCUCGCCCGCCGUCCACACCCCGUCGCGCUUUUGUUCCGUUCAGUAAUGGUGGAGAGCCGACUACCGAAGUACAAUAGAAGGCCGUCCGGGCGGAAUAACUUUUAGAGAUUAACGACAAGAAUCAUAUGUAUCGCAACCUUCUUCGGUGCCGAGAUGAUCUUCUCCGAUUAUUCGUGUCGUCUUUUUCAUUUUAUCCGUUAGAACUCAGCUCGCUCUGAAUCUGGUUUCUUUUUUGCAGUAGUCUGAUUGUGGGCUAGCUACAUUGCCAUUUUAGUCUCGUCCCUUUUAACCUAUAAUUGGACAACAGGUGGAAAGUCGUUUUGUGUUGGUCGUCGUAAAAAGAGACCGGUUAUUUGUUUCAUGUAGUCAGUUAGUCGCCUUUCUCGCCGUCAGUCAACCCUAAAACUACAGUAAUCUUCCGAUCGAGACUGAUGGCUGGAAACAGCGGCUUUCCGUCCCUUCUUGUCCAUUAAGUUGCCGACAUCAAUCGGAAGAUUCCAAUCGGAAACCGAUCACGUGUCGUCGCUCGGCGUCUCUCGACACGCCGAACUCUCUCCGGUCAGGUGAACAAUUGCCGAUCCGUCGAUUUUUUUUGCUAUCAAUUUUGCUGGCAACACGCCAGCCUGCUGGUUUUUGCACUCAACGUGGUUCGGGAAAAUGUAAACGUUGGAAAGAAAGACAGGAGAAAUAUGUCAUAUUUUUCUGAGCAUUAGAAUUUGUAUUCAUAACAUUUUAAUCCUCAUAAAGCUCCCCGCGGCUUUUCCUUUCCAUAUCUUGCCGCAUACGUGUUGGACUACUCAUUAGUUGAGCCACCGUCCAAUUAUAUAUUGCUCGAGGUACUGCUGAGCUCAUUACUCUUUUCCUCUAGUGGCACCAUCGGUUUUUGCUAUAAAUGUGGCGAGAAAUUUCCCUGGGAAAUUAGAAGUUCCAGUCACUUGGCGAAGCGGACCGUUGACAACAGAAGAACACGUUUAGCCCGCAGUCGACCCGUCGCACAUCCUAUCCGCCGCCGUCCGCAUUUCCCCUUUCGUCGUGGUCUUCCGCUGCCGCAGCAGCUAUCGAUUCGAUCCGAUUCUGACCCAUCUGACAGUUUCUGUUUGUGUGUAUGUGUUUUCAUCCGCCGUUUUCUUCAGACGACCUUUAUGCAUCGAAACAAUACCUUAUCAUUGUUGUCGCACUGUUAUUGUCUCUUUCCCGUGUUUAACGCUUUCGUUGGCGGUCCUCUUGUCCAUCCGUCACGCCUCAUUCAUCGCUCCGCAAAAAAAUUAGCGCCAUUUUUGGGUCUUCUCAAACACAUUGCCGCUAAUUACAGUCAAUUGACAGGCAUUUGACGGUGCAAAAAGCACGUGGCAACGGCAGAUAACGUCAGAACGGCACAUUCCCGAAUAGUACGUCUAUGAACACGACCGCCAGAUCAAUAGAUGAUCCUCAAAGUGUUUUGCCCUUCUUCUGCCCAUCCCAUUCGCCUCUCAAAUCUGCUUCGAGAUUCCUAAUCCGUGUCCGGCUCUCCUGCUUCCCUACUGCUCCAUUUCCGUUUAUUUCAUAAUCGAAUGUGAUUACAUGUUAUACACACGUUGAGUAUACGUCUUGGCUCAUUAUCGGUUACUUAUGCGCUCUCUCGACGCCUAUCAUUUCGUUUCCUUCUACUUAACGCAAACUCUCGUCUCCGUUAUCAUGCCAUUCUCUCGUCGGCUUCUCAGAGCCUUCUCGAAUUUUCGUCUGUUUUCCUAUGCAUUUAUGGGAGUCGCAAGCCGCACUUUUCCCUCUCUCUCUCUGCCCCAUUCAGAGAGAGAGAGAGAGAGAGAGAGAGAGAGAGAGUUUGCUCUUUUCCAUCCGUCAUCUUGUUUUCCUCCCGGCUCUCUGCUGAAUCUCCCAGUAGCCUGCAUUCUUCGUUUUUCUUUCAUGAAAGUACACCGUUUCCGCCAUACUUGUUCUCCUUCUCAGUCCUCUCUUCCAUGAUGGCCUUUCGAGAUAACUUUUCGAUUGUCUAUCCGUUCUUUUUCCUUUUUCUCUCCUUCUCCUUCCUCUUUUACUCGCUCUUUUUCCAUCCACGAUGGAUUCUAUUAUUUUUUCACCGGGUUCAAAAAGUGUCUGUGACUGCUCGCUUGCUUUCCUUCUCCUUCUCUAGCCGCACAUUCCCCCACGUCUAUUUCCUCGUCUUUUCGUUCCUUUUUCUCUCUUGCCACUUUUCUUCUUGUUGUUGCUACGUGAUGUUCAUGUGCAAAUCAUGUGAACUAAUCUUGCCAAAAUAAUAGCGGAAAUAGUUUUGUCGAUAUGUGUUAGUUGAUAAUUAUGACCUGAAAUUUGAGGUUCAUAAAGAAGUCUUUAUCAUUUACCCGCUUCUCUGCUCUCACCCGACCUGCUAAUAAUUCGAAUGAUAUUGUUUCGUUGAUGUACCUGGCCGCUCCUCUCACCCGUAACUGUAAACAAUCCUUGUCAAUCGAUCGAUUUAUCAACUCAAAUCGUCUUAAACACUUUUCCGACGCCAUUUGAAAUCAAAUUGUUCAGUUUUUGUCUGUUCAAAUUAGCCAUUGGAACACAAUUAGCUAAUCACAUCACAACAGAGGCGACUUGAAUGGCAUUUUUGUAAGUGCAUGUAUCCGCCCGAUUCCUCGGCUAGUAAGCCUUUCCUUCCUGACACGUUUCUCUGUUUCUGAGCUCGGGAUUAUGCGUGCUGAUCUUCGCGAUCGGUCAGGUGCUCUUCCUCUUCGCGUAAUGCGUUUUUGUUUAUUCUCCCGUCAUUUCAGAUAGCGUUAGUAUUCCUUUCUCGAGCGAAAAACCCAUUGUUACGUCGUUCAGACGUAUGAUAAUUAUUUAUGAUCUAUUUUGAUCUAUCCGAUGAGAAGUUCAGUUUCAUCAAAGAAUCGAAAAUUCCCUCUCAAUUCUUCGUUUCCCAUUCGGCGUUCGCCUUCUCCUUUCCCCUGUCACUUUUCGAUCCAAACCGUUGAAAAUUGGCUGACGGACAGGUCGCGAGCGAGUUUCUUCUUCUCUUCCUUUCGAUGUAAAUCGUCUCCUCAGCACGUCGCCAGCGUGUCGGUCUUCUUCAAUUAAUGGAUGUUCUCAAUUGACCCCCUAAAAGUACUUGCCCGCACUGUCCAUCCAUCCUUCACCCCAUUCAAAGUUGUCGGCGGCGGUUGCGGCCCUUCCGAUUCUUGCGAUAUUUCUCGUCACCUCCAUCUUAUCCUAAAAAUUACCCGGGCCGUAUUCUUUCGCAUCUCCGUCUCUUCGGAACCGUCGCCAUCCUAUCCUCUAUCGUCUUGUCCGUCGCACCGUACUUGUGCGGAACAAUGCGGGCAAUUGCCGCCGCGCAAUCUUAAGAGAAAGAAAGAAAAGAUUCGUCUUCUUCUUCUUCUUCUUCUUCUCCUCCUUCUCUGCCAACGUCUUCUCCUUCUCCCCUUCACCGCACUGUUGCUAUUUAUCUUUUCGCUCGUUUCUCGCUUCGUUUCUCUCUCUUUCUCUCUCUCCGUUUUCAUCUCUCCUCGACCCACCAGGGAGGAAGAGAAAGGCCGACCCGAAAUGUAUUUACCGUCGAAAAAAUCGGGCACAGCAGAGUUUCAACAAUGUUCCCUUUCCUUCCCACAUCUCUUCCUUCUUCUCUGAUUCUCUCGACACUCUUGAUCUUUUCGUGUCUCGCCCGUUUUCCGCUCUCGGUCCGAUAGUUUGAUCAAAUCAAAUGAUUCCCGCCGCGUGGUGGUAUGUGUGUUGAUCGAAGUAUCAAAAUGUGCCAAGGGAUGGCGAGAGCGAAGGAUAGAAAUGCUGACAGUGCAGAAAUCAGCUAAAACUGACGGAAACCCUGUUUGAGAUUAUUAUAAGCGGAAUCAGAGUAGAAACUCCUUACUAGAAUUGGAUUAUUGCAAUUAGUCACGGAGGGCCACAGUAUCUCUCUCUCCACGCUUUGCUCUUUAAAAAUCGAAAAAAAAAACGAAAAUCCUAACCAAAUAGUUAGUGCAAUCCGCUCAGCCAACUUCAAGCGAAUCUGCUGCAAACUCCUGCUCGUGAAACAUUUGUUUGUAUGCAUUUACACAGUUUGCCUUCCUUUUUUGGCCUCAAAACCGGACAGCUGACUCCGAAAUAGACGGGACACUUGGCGCCGAUUGCUCUCGUCAAUUGCUCCUCUUCUAUUACCGAGAAUGAAGGAGACGAAGAAGAAAACGAACGCCGCCGUUUUCACAUAAAAUGGCUUCCCUUUCAGUCUCUGAAUCUCUUCUGGAUAAGUGAAAGAGUAGGAUAAGAUAAGUUACGGAAGCCAUUUGUUCGCGUGGAUCAUGUGCUCUUUUCUUUCAUCUUCUUCAUCUUCGUUUUCCUAGCGACGCCAUGUGCUCCGAGGUGUGCUCCUCAUCUUACUGCUCUUCUUGCUGGCACUCGAUGCAAUUGACAGUUUGAGCAGAAGAUGAAACGACGGCGAGACACGAGAUGUGUUUUUGCUCCGAGCCCCCGGCCGCUUUGCUCUUUCUCUCACACAACUUUCAACCAGGACUGCCUCAGAGUGCACAAACGUUUCCGCAAACGACCGUAAUCUGCGUGGCGAGACUUCAAUUUCCUGCUUGGUACUUGCUGCGUACGCUCAUUUCGACCCAUCCACGUGAAUGGUUUGUUGCAAACACUCCUUCUUUCCCGCACUCCUGCGUCUCUCCAAUCGUCCACUCUUCCGUCGUUCUUUUUGUCUCUCCCUCUUCACGAGUGCCAUCGCUCUCGCUUUCUCUCUCUUUCUCUUUCUGUCGGUGUAUUUGCCACACGCUUUCAUAAAAGCAUUUUCCAAUCAUCGAUACAUACGAUUACGGCGCCGGGUCGACCAUCGGCGUGAGACACGCUCUGGUUUUUUGUGAGGAGGCAGCAGUAAAUCGAAAAAAUUGGAAAACGAUUUCACAAAGUUUGCACGGUGCCUCCACUUCUCGUGUCACCUCGCUCACUUGUUCAUAAAUCUUUUCAGAAUCCGAUUUGGACAAAAAAUACGAUCAAAUUGUUCGCAAGGUUAUCGACUCGAAUCUUGAUCUAGGUGCACUAUCGCUUUCUGUUUGAUUUAUUGUGUUUCUACCUGCCAUCGGUGCCACACACACACACACACUGUUGUAACAGAUGUAUUAACAAAACGGAGAGAGAGUAUUCCCCCGAAAGAGGCACAUAACAGCUUCAUUCGAGCAUACGGUUCGCAGGCCGGCUUGAAAGAACAGGCGCCGAAGAUACUGACGCUUGAAAUUGCAAGACGAGAUGGUUAGUGAUUACGACCUGUCCGUGCACCAUCGGGGUCAUAAAAGAAUACGGUGUCAUCGCUGCAGAGAUAGAUGGUGUUGAUAGGGGCGAGCGGGGUCUGUCCUCCCUCGUCUCAGCGAGUUGGAUGCGAGCUCACCGUGUCUGUGUUACCGUCGGUUCGCGCACUCUCUUUCUCUCCCCUUCCCAAUCCCUCCCGUUACCGUCCUUCGUCCCUCAUCCUUCCCGUCGAUUCACUCUCUUUUUUCCACGCUGUGAUCGUUUUUUUCUUCUUUUUCUAUCGCAACGUGUGUUUGUUACCAUUUUGAGAGUUUUUGUCUUGCAAGAAUACUGCAAGUAAACUUUGUGAUAGCGGCGGUAAUCACGCCAUUCGGAUAGAGAAAAAGAGCUAUUCCGACGGUUUAUGGUGCUGAAAAGUGCACGUUCUGAGUUGUUGUGACCAGUCAACACACAGAUACCGUUAGGGUAUGUACAUGGCACGAUGGUCGUAAGAAGGGUGUCUAAUAUCGAAUCUCGUUGCCCGCAAAUGAUAAGAAUUUCGAUAAGCACGUCGAUCGUCUCCGCGCCCGACACACACUCAACGCCGUCAUUAACUUGUGUGUCCGUCUACGGUAUUAUCAAUCAUUUUCUUCUUCUUCUUUCCCUUCCCUACCCCCUUCCUCUUCUUAUUUCCCUUCCACAACUUCUUCUUCUUCUUCUUUUCUCCUUCUCCUUCGUCUCUUUCUUCUUCUAAAUUCUGAAUUUGUCCGUCUUCGUCGUCGUCGUGUCACCUGCCGCUGCGUCUCUAUCUGUCUCCGUCACCAGUUUCUCGCCACCGGUGCUGAUGGGAAUGAGGGAAAAGUUGCCAGUUGCUCGGGGGCUCCGCGUGCUCGAAGCGUUUGCUGAUAAAUGAAUGCCCCGCUUCUCUCGCCGGUUUCACAUUGUUAUUGCACUUCUUCCUCCAUCCCUUCAGACCUCCAAUUUCAAACAUUUGCAAUUCUGCAGUCUUUCAGGUCGUGCCGGCAAAAAUGGAAAAGCGAUCACGUUCCUUACUCCGGACGACACAGCCGUCUAUUUCGACCUGAAGCAGGUGAGUAAAGAAUCCGUCACGGCGAAAGCCCGUAAUUGGUUCUAUUGCACUAACCGAAUUCUUCUCCUCUUUCGGCACUUCACACAUGUGUGUUGGUUGCCUAAUUUCGUUUUUCGCGCCCGCACUUGAGCUAGUUCUCUAGAGGCGGAAAAGAAGUGGCGUGGACAUUGACGGAUUCUGUAAAAAAUGAAAAAAGAAACAAAAUGUUUAUGGAAAAAAGUCUGAAACAGUGGAAGGUCAGACGGUGUAAAAGAAGUAAAUACGAGGCCAUAAGGUUCAUCGAGUGACGUGUGCGGAACGAUAGAUCACUCUGUUAUUGCAGGUUCUCGUGGAUUCGCCGGUCUCGUCAUGCCCGCCUGAGCUAUCCAAUCAUCCGGAAGCACAAGGAAAGCCGGGAUCAUUCACUUCGAAGAAAAGGCAGGACGAAACAUUGUUCCUGAAGUGAGAAGAGCACCGCUCGAGCUUUUUCCGCGGUUCGUUCCGAUCGGUUAUCUUUACGAUCUUAUUUAUUCCAAUAUUGUCAAAUAAACGUUCGACUAUUGCGUCUUUCCUCCUAUCUUACCUCAAAAGACGUUGCUCUUGCUCGUUCUCAAUAUCUUAUCUGUUUCCAGUUUUUCUCUCUAUUAUGUUGUCUCAAUUCUCGUCAUUCUUUUUGUCUCUCAAUUAAACCACGCCCAUUUGUUGCAGGAUAAACCGGGGAACAAAUCGAAAAAGUGUUUGCCAGCCGCAGCGACGCAGGCUCGUCUACGUUUGACGAGAACAUCAGGUAAGCGUUCUUUUUCCAAAUCAUUUCCAAAAGAGGAAACUUUUUGAUUCCCCAUUUUCGAAGGCAACUUUCUCCAUCUCGUGUUUUGCCUCUGUUCCUCUACAAAAUCACAAAAGAGGCCUCCACGCGGACGGCCUAUGGAGGACAUUCAACCAAAAAGUUUCCGAUUGUUGCAGAAAUCGAAUUGUGUUAUUUUUUGUUUGUCGAGUGUCGUGCCAACCACAACACCACAAGCCGCCACGUUGACGUCGUCAGUGGUAGAUUCGCGCGCGAAAGCACCGUUCCAGCAAGAACAGCAGAACAACCGAAAGAUGAGCGAAGAGGACUGGCCGUCGCCCAAAUUUCGAGAGCAUGUGAUACAAAGACUGUAAGCACUCACUCCCCCUUGAGUACGUUUCUCAUGCGAACAUAUUUUCAGUGAACCCGAAUUGGCGCGGAAUCGGCAGAAUGCACCGAAUCUUCCGGUGCCUGGCGAUGCCCGGCAAGUUGAGGAAUACGUAUUUGCCAAGUGUAUGUCAAAAGAUGAAUACAUGCGGACGAUUGCAAAAGUGAUAAAUGCUAUCAAUUGCAACAGCAAGUCGGCAGCAGUUCCGUCAGUCCUGCAGCCCUCGCAAUUCCACAGUCCGCCAUGCACGACUGCAGGCAAAGGAGCGACGACACCAGUCGGAUCCACGUCUGGCUAUCGGGCACCCGUUCCGCCCGAUCCGCAGCCAACUUCGGCUCAAGCCCGGAAUCCGCCCACUUCUACGGUGGCGACCACUCAAGCCACAACGACUCCAUCGUCUCAAAACACGGCUGGAGCAACUGGAACCGUGUCUGCAGCCUCUGCGGUUGCGGCCGCCGUCGCAUCGUUCCCGUCUCCUGAUGCGGCUAUUCGUCCAGGAGGACAGACGACUCCAGCUGCCGCGGUUGCUGCUGCAGUCGGGGCAGGAGCGCCUCCUCCGGGAGCAUCUUUCUCGAACGGAUCAGCUGGAGGUGCUGCUAGUGCUGGCGGUCCGAUGAACGGAGGACCACCGAUGGGACAGCCUCCACCGCAGAUGGGUACUCCGAACAUGGGAAUGGGAGGUCCGCCUAAUGCCUACGGAGGCUAUGGAAUGAUGAAUGGGCCUGGAAAUGGUGGACCGAUGGGUGGAAACCCGUACAAUCAGCAGAUGAAAACGCCGAAAGAGGUGAGUAAUAACAAGUGACACCGUGUCAGAUGAUAGCGCAAAAGUUCUGUAGCGGCUGAUAAAAAUAUUUAUUCUCUCACAGAUGGACCAGUCUCGUGCGUGGGAUCCUCAAGGUCACAUGUACCAGCAGCCGCAAUGGGGAGCGAUGCCGCCACAACAAGGACACGGAUACCCGAACGGACCGAUGAACGGACAAGGAACGACACCAACUGGCAAUCCUUCAGUGCUCGAAUCACUCAUAAAUCAGCCACAACAGUAUCCGAGUCAUCACAAUCAGAUGGCACCACCAGCCGACAGAAAUGGACCGGUACGUGGUCAACAGAGACCGGGAAUGGCUUCUGGACACCAGCAAGGAGUGAUGAGUGUCGACGACCAGAACAUUUACAAUUUGAAGUUGAGGAACAUGCGUGGCAGCUGCGAGAGCUUGAGGUGGGUUGUCUUCAUUGUGAAAGGACUCAUUCUCACAAAGAAAUUUUCAGAACGAGAGCCAGGCAGUGUAGACACGAAGGCAACCACGAGGCAGCUCACAAGCUGGAAGUGAUGCUCAGUGUGCUCGAAGGAAAACGAGUCGUCAGCUUAGAAUACCUCAACCAUCUGGAGACGUGGAUCGCCAGGAAGCAAGACUUCUUGAACAUCACCCCCAUGGCCCCCAAUCCGAAUCACAUGGGAAUGGGCGAUCCAGUUAUGAAUGGAGAGCACGGAAUGAUGGGCAACGGACAAGUGCACAACCCCUAUGGAGGACAUCCCGCAUACGGACAUGGCCAGUACAUGGGCGCUCCGCCGCAUCACAUGCAAAUGCACCAGCCCCCAAUGUGGCAUCAACAGCAGCAACGGAUGAUGCAGCAAGAGCAUAUGAUGAUGGGUGGACCGCCGGGAGCUGGAGGCCCGAUCCAUGGAAUGUACCGGGGAGAUAUGGGACACGAACAGAUGACUUCGCCAGUGAACAAUCAUCGGCACGCACCGUAUCAAACGCCGAUGAUGAGGAACAACAUGAGAGCAAUGCAAAACGGACCGGGACCGGUCGGAAGAGAUCGCAACUCAAUGAGCGGUUCCAUGUCCGGACCGAGCUCCGCUUCUUCGAUAAACCCGAUGGGAACGCCGGCACCGAAAAUGGGAGCACCUGGAUCCAUCGGUGGAAUGUCCGGACUGGACGACUUCGGAUACGAUGACUUCCUUCCUAACCCGAUUGAUUCUCUCCAGGCAACUAUUCCACUCGGCAAUCCAGCGAAUCAGAUGAAUGCUGGUCAAGCGGUGCAGCGAGCAAACUUGAACGAAGCAGCACGGACAGAGUUGCAAGCUCUAGACGCCCGUUUCGAAGUUGAUCCGAACCAUCAACGUCACGAUGCCAACCAUAUUGUUGUGAGCGUCAAGAUUCGCAACCAGCCGUUCCCACCCCUUCGGCUCGUCGUCCCAACCACCUAUCCGGCUGGAAGUGUGACCGUCGACCGGGCAGUCAUCGACUUGGACGCCUAUCUUUACGAUGACCUUCAAAAUGUGGUCCACGAGCGGUUAUCACGACCCGGACUCACUUCACUCACUGACUAUUUGACUGCAUGGGUAAGACAAUGUUUGCAUGAUACACUUUCAUUAUUUGUGACAAGAUUGAGGCUGCGCGGGCCGAGCUCACGCGUGGCUCCGCCGCUUGUUUCUUUCUCAUAAUUGUUUGAAAGGUCACGUGUUCAUUUCUUUAUUUUUCCUUUACUACUAUUUCCGCUUUAGAAAUGAAAGUGGGGACGGACAAACGAAGAAAUAAAUAAAAUUUAUUUAAUAAAUAAACAAACAUGAGGACAUACCCCUCCCCUCCCCCCAAAGGGUUAUAUUAAUAAGAAUGAUAAUCUUGCAGGAAGAACAAGUGAACCAGUACUGCCAGCAGCAAAAUCAGUCCAACGGACUUGACACGCCCUUCGGUACCGACUUCUUCUACGACAAUCUUAAUUUGUGAGUUAGGUAGUGCUUUCAGUUUCUUUUUUUCUGCAUGCUCUUCGACACGAACGGAUAUCCUUCCUUUUUGUUUUCAAAACUUUGCUGUUCAGUUUGAAAGUGUACCUUUGCGGUUUUCGUGUGUCACCAUUCCGCGUUUUCUCAUUAUCAACUUUUUUAAUUUCAGGUCGAAUGCAUUCUAG